AUGUGGAAUCCCGUCGAGGCAAUCGAACCGUGGGAGGACUUCGACCUCGCAAGCCUCACCCGGCGAUAUCGUCAGUCUCUAGAUGCGGACACAAGUCUAACCAGUACUGUGGAAGCCACCGAAGAAGCUGGCCACACGGUGAUUUGCGACGAAACAGCACUCAACAUAGUCCUUGGGAGCACAAAUAUCAGCAUGGUAUCUCGCGCUCUCCCUGGGUCAUUGUUCCUCUCUACCGGAUCCCGAAUCAUGGGAGACCCUACUGUACGGCCUGAUUGGGGGGUUGGGGAUGCCAGCAUCCAUUGUCCACAUCCAAGGGGUAUUUGUCCAGCGCUCGUCUGCGCAGACACCAAGGUGGGCUGGGACGUUGAGCGUGCGAUACGCGUAGUAGGUAAUGGUGGCUAUGAAGAUCGCCCCGACACUCACUUGGUCCGACCUUUUGAACAAUUGCAGCACUAUUGUACUGUAUACCGUACGCGAUAUGGGUUUAUCCUGACCAACGAAUUUCUGGUCCUUAUUCGGCUGAAACUCUCACCACCAGCAUCCAAGCAGAGGCGUUUUCGGCCACGGAGGCAGACCGUGGCAGAAAACCAUCGACGAGUACUGUCGGACACAUCCACUGGUACCAAUGUAUCGGAAGUUUCGGAAACGUUUAGUACAAUAUCUUUCCAACCAAAGCCACAAGAUGAGGACGUGGGUGCAUUAGAGGUGAAGAUAGUCCCGUGGGAUCAUGGUAGCUCGCGGGAGACGAUUAACAUCAAUCUUUACUUCUUGGCUCGCAUGGCAAGUGAAAGCCGAGAGCUAUCCCACCACUAUGAGCCGCUCAAUAUCGACGUCGAAGUUCCGGGAAAAGAGAAACGCAAGAGGCUAGACGACAGCACUGAGCAAUCGUCUGGGCGGGGUUCGAGGAAGCCGUGA